AUGGUAAUUUCUUUUAAUAGUACUUAUCAUGUUGCCAGUCGGAUGUUAGAUGCUCUGGAGGAAAAUACGCAAUGGUUAAAAGGUAACAACAAUGAAAUACCUUUAGUAUACCGCAAGGCAGUGCAGAUAGCUGCUCUUUUACAUGAUAUUGCCCAUGGACCAUUUUCUCAUGCCUGGGAGCAUGUAGUAGAAGAUUAUGUACACGAAACAGAAGCAUUUCCCUGUAUCGAUCAUAUCUUUCAGCAAAUAAACCAAGAUCUAUUUCCAGAAUUGCGUAGUAAUAACAAUUUUGGUAUAGAAUUAAUUAAGGCCCUAAUAGAUGGCCGUAUUGAUAAUUUUAAGUUCAAAGAUCAACUACCCCAGCAAUUUCGUUUUAUAUUUGAGAUUGUCAGUAACAAACGUUCAAAACUAGAUGUUGAUAAAUGGGACUAUCUAAAACGUGAUUCCUAUUAUUUAAAGCAUUUAAGUCAACCCAAUAUGGACUUUGAUGAUGUCUUCCUAAAGGCUAGAGUUUCCGAUUGUGGCACACAAAUCGAAUAUCGUUAUGAGGAUUAUGAUAAAAUCUUUAAUUUGUUUGCAGCCCGUUAUGAUUUUCAUGUUAAUUGUUAUAGUCUACCCGAAUAUAUAUUAUGUGAUCAUCUCCUUAGCAUGGCGGUACAAGAAGUUAAACCAAAAAUUAAUAAUAAACUGGUAACGAAACUUGGUGCUAGUGAUAUGCUAGAAUUUUUAGAAUUAACCGAUGAAAAUAUUUUGCAAUUGGUGAAAACAAGUAAUUUAAGUAAAUUUUUGAAAUAUGAAACCAAAUUUGAACAAGUUAAUAAAAUUCCUAAAAAGACCGUUUCUGCUUAUGCUGAAAUAGCGAGUUUACAAAUGUAUAUGCCCAGAGGAGAGAGAAUAAGUUUUUAUGGUGAUAUUAGAAACAAACCUUUAGUCGAUGAUCAAACAAGAUUUAUAAGAAAAACUUAUACAGGCUAUUGUGAUCACAGGACACAAACCGUUUAUUAUACUGUGGAAUACGAAUAAUUUUCUUCUCAAAAUUGGAAAAGAAGAAAGCUAAACUACCUCGAAGCAAUAGUGUUGAAAGGAAAAAAAAUAAAAAUAAUGAACAAGAAAAUAAUAAAC